CGUCUCCUCUGUGAACCGGAAAAGCAUGGUUUCACCUUGGGUGCAGAACGCUGUGCUGAGGUACACAUUUUAUUUUAGCUAGAAAUUUGCCUGUCAAAUGAAAGAUAAAUGUCCCUGUAGCAUAGCAGCGGGUCGGACUGUUCUUCAAACAGCGAGGAAACAUGAAACAGGACGUCAGAAUACUGUUACUGGGGGAGCCCAAGGUGGGGAAGACAUCCCUGAUCAUGUCUUUGGUUGGAGAGGAGUUUCCAGAGGAGGUUCCCUCCAGAGCUGAGGAGAUCACCAUCCCCGCCGACGUGACUCCAGAGAAGGUGCCCACACACAUAGUGGACUACACAGAAAAAGAGCAGAGUGAUGAAGUCCUCCGAGAUGAAAUUGUCAAGGCAAAUGUGGUCUGUGUAGUGUAUGAUGUCACCAAUGAGGACACGAUAGACAAGAUCAAAACUAAAUGGAUCCCUCUAGUUAACGGAGAAGCAGAGAAAGGCAGCAAAGUUCCCAUCAUCCUUGUGGGAAACAAGUCUGAUCUGCGCUGUGGAAGCUCAAUGGAAACCAUUCUUCCCAUCAUGAACCAGUUCUCUGAGAUUGAGACGUGUGUUGAGUGCUCUGCAAAGAACCUGAAAAAUAUCUCGGAGCUCUUUUACUAUGCACAGAAGGCAGUUCUUCACCCCACUGCCCCUCUCUACGACCCUGAGGACAAACAGCUCAAACCAUUGUGCGUCCGAGCCCUCAGCAGAAUAUUCUACGUGUCUGACCAGGACAACGACCGUAUUCUCAGUGACGCUGAACUCAACUGCUUUCAGAAAUCUUGCUUUGGGAAUCCUCUGGCACCUCAAGCCUUAGACGACGUGAAGACGGUAGUUUGGAAGAACACCAGUGAUGGCGUGCAGGAUAACGGCCUGACCCUGAAUGGUUUCUUGUUUCUUAAUACAUUAUUUAUCCAGAGGGGGAGACAUGAAACCACAUGGACAAUCCUCAGGAAGUUUGGUUAUGACGACAACCUUGAGCUGACUGAUGACUUCCUUUACCCUGAACUACGAGUCCCUGUCAGCUGCACCACAGAGCUCAAUCAGUUUGGUCACCAGUUCCUCCAGAGACUGUUUGACAAGUAUGAUGAGGACAAAGACUCUGCCCUGUCACCGACAGAGCUAAAGAACCUGUUCUGUGUGUGUCCUUAUAUGCCAUGGGGUGCAGAGGUCUACAUGACCGUCCCCACCACAGACGAGGGCUACAUCUCUAAUCACGGCUUCCUUUGUCAGUGGACGCUUUCUGCAUACCUUGACAUUCACCGUUGCCUGGAGCACCUAGGAUACCUAGGCUACCCAAUCCUCACUGAGCAGGAGUCACAGACUGCAGCGAUCACAGUAACACGGGAGAAAGAGGCGGACCUGGAGAAAUGCCAGACACAGCGGUCUGUGUUUCUGUGCAAGGUGAUUGGACCGCGGGGGACAGGCAAGACAGCCUUUCUCCAGGCCUUUGUCGGCCGCAACAUUGUGAAUAAGGAAAAUUCCAGCAGUGCCUUUUCUCCCUAUGCCAUAAACACUGUUAAGGUCAGCAACCAGGAGAAGUACCUUAUUCUCAAUGAGGUAGAUGUGGAGGUGGAGUUCCUGAAGGCGUCUGACGCUUCCUGUGAUGUUGCCUGUCUCAUGUAUGAUGCCAGUGACCCUCAUUCCUUUGACUAUUGUGCCAGCAUUUACAAGCAACACUACAUGGAGAGCAACAUCCCAUGUGUGCUGGUCGCCUCCAAAGUGGACCUUCCUGAAGCUAAGCAGUUCCACGGGAUGACUCCUGCUGAGUUCUGUUAUAAACACCGACUGCCUCCUCCGCUGCCCUUCUCCAGCCUGUUCCUCGACUCCACCAGCAAAACCAUCUACAACAGGCUUGCCUGGACAGCUAUGUACCCACACCUGAAGGGUUCAGACAUGAGCAGCACAUCAUUCUGGCUGAGAGUGGCGUUGGGCUCAGCUGUGGUAGCAGUUCUGGGCUUUGCUUUCUACAGAGCUGUUGUCAGAGUGAAAUGAACAUCAACAAGCAACCACCUGCUGUUAAACCUGACGCUCCAUCCAUCAAGACCAAACCUCCGAGACCAGUCCCAGAACCACCACUGUCAGAACUGAACCUAGUCUGCAUCCUUCUAUUUUUUUACCCAGGAAACUCUUGUCAUCUCUUCCCUACUCAGUGUCUGACUUCUUCACUUGGUCCAGCCCUCUGAGUCAGUCGAUCGCAAUAGUCCAAGGGCAAAUGGAAGCUACUGCUCAUAUUAAUCCCCAUGCUGCUGUGCCCAGCUUUAUCUGCCUUAUGUCCAACCAGGCUUGUUAGGAGGUAGCUUGUCUGCGCUCGGUGCAUAGAUACAUGAAGAACUGCUCAUGUCCAAACAGGUGCUUUAACAGAGGGGAGGAAAUACUGAUAUCAUUACUAUCCCCCUCCAUUAUCUGUCAUGUGUUAAUGCUCAGAUUGGAGAGCUUUUAUAUGAAUGUUUUAUUUCCCAAGCUUAACAUUACUGACAUGCCAAAUUGAGUAAACUGAAGAACCAAAGAAAAGAAGCAAAGAAAUAAUAAAAAAGCAAAAAAUCCUGACUGGCUAAUCUCUUGCUGGAGCUCCGAACAAUUCUUCCUUUUGAUCUCAACAAAAACAAGAAAUUAAUAUCCGAUUUGCCAAAUAGCUCUAGCAGCAAGGGGUUCUUGUUGCAUGCUUACCUACAAAUUAAACAUUUUAAGGGGUUUAGGAGGGAGGCCUGCACGUGUUGGCAACAGUGGGGAGCAAAUGUGCAUGAAUAUGCUUGUUGACGAAACUGCAAGAACUCAACUUUAAAAAGGAAGCUAAGAAAUAAGAAAAUAAGAAAUCUGGCCGAAUGGCGUUCAGUUCGUCUGCUAUCAAAUUAAAUGAAAUUAAUUUUGAUUGAGGCUGAAAUCAGCAGUUAAUCUUUUCUUCUUUUCUAUCUACACACACCUGACACUGUGCAGUUGUCAGGUGCACUCUGUCAUGUUGAUGUCUGUUUCUUUGCUCUAUUCAGCUGGGGACCUGCUGUUUUUCUUCUGCAGAAUACAUUUAAGUGACUUUUAAAACAUGGUGGCUUUCUUAUUAAAUAAAGACAGACCAGACUGUU